AUGUUAACUUCUUUCCCUUCUACUCUUCAUAUUGCCGAAACACAUUUUACCAAAGUUCGGUUCAUUGAAGCACAAGUCACACUUUUUUCACUAGGCUGUCGCGAGUAGGCCGCAGAAUUCCAGUUUUUUUUUGUUGUUGCAUUUUCAGCUUUUUUCAGACUAAUCCAUAGCUUUGGCAAAUUUGAAAGCAAAAGAGGAAAAUUUGAGGAAUUUGAUUUAAUACACUUUGAUUGUUGUUGGACCAUUGGAGGCUUAGCAUUGAUAAUCUAGUCUAGUCAUUAUGAAGUGGUUAGUAAGUUCCGCGUGUGUAUUUAGUGUCCUACUCUUCACAGCCUAUGCAGCACCAGCAUCCACAGGCCUCCAGGUAUCUGCAUCUGGAAGUGGUGGUGGCCUCUCAGGAGGCGGAGGUUUGGGAAAUAUCUUAUCGAAUAUCGAUUUACCAGGAUUACUGCAAGGACUCAAUAGUUUCGUUAAACUUAUUGGGGCAUUCUGUCCCCCAUUAUCACAGGUCUUAGAUAAUGUAAUCCAAAACGUAACUAGUACAGCUUUCCGAGUGUUCGGAAGGGCGAUUUUGCGAAGCGGGGGGCUAGGUGGAGGAAGCGGAGCUUCCGGUGGAGAUUCAGGGCAAAGAGUUAACGUGGUGCUCCCCACCUUCCCCCCAGACGAAGACUACGAAGACGAUGAAGCCGAGUCCGUAACUGGGGCGAGCACAAGUGCAGCGUUUGCACAAGAAUUGGAAGCUGUAACGGACGCGGUAAUCCUUUACACAUCUGAAAUUGAUGAUGACACGGCGAACACGAUAGCGAAACGUCACGUGCGAGUAGCGAGGGAGACCGCAGCGGAAUCUGCGGCAGCGGAUCAAGAGGGUGCGGAAUCCGCUCCCCAGCCCGAACAAGACUCGAACGGAGUGGAUGAUCAGGACCGGAACAAGAGAUACUCACCAUUUGGAGCAAGCGACGAUGGGCAUGAAGGAGCGGGUUCCGGCAAUUUCUUGUUUGAUAUUAUCAGGAAUACAGCGGACAGAGCGGCUAGGACGGUUGGGACAGUCUACAGGAUGGUGGCUGGAACGGACAAUGCUGGAGGAGUUUGGGGUUUGGCGUCCGCCGCCGCUGACUCCACAAAGACGCUUGCAACAGCAUCAUCUAGUGUUUCAGCCAAAGUACUUCCGGCUAAGUUGGUAGCUGGAUCAGGAGCAACCGAGGAAUCUGAUGAUCAUGAGGCUGGAGGUGUAGCUGAAUUGGACGUGCAAAAGAGCACUGAUGGUCAUACUGAAGGAAUUCCCGGACCCAUCACCAGGUUGUUUGUGAUCGCCAACCGAGGCCUAGCCAACUUAGUACAGGAUCUGAUCUUGCGUCUUGCCCAGACCAGUGAAAGAUUAGUCAACUUUAAAGCCCGUCUCAUCACUGCCCUCAUUUAAAUCAACUACCCUUGUAGCAGAACACACAUUUUGGUACCAACGUUCAAAAAUUCAACUAAAAUCAUCGAAACUAGCAACGCCAUGUCAACUAGUGAAUUUAAUAAAUUAUUUAUCUUUUUUGUAUCUUCCACACCGCUAAGUAUUUAAAUUCUUUGUAAAUAGUUUUUUUAAACUUAUUCUUUCGCACGCUCUUUACACGUUCAAUUUGGUGCAGCAGUAUGCUGAUAUGAUUUACUCGGGUUCAAAAGACUCUUCUCUUCUAUCUAUUUCUAAACCAGUAAGUUGUAUCUUGCCAACACCAGCUUUUCCAUUAAAAAAAACAGAUGCUAAGAUGCUAAUAAUUUUGAAAAUUUAAAUUACUAUGUAAAUAAACUGAACAAUUGCUCAUGUCAUCAUGAACCCAUUUUUUUGUAUAUAAGAGAUUUUCGUUCCGAAAGUGUCCUUAUUCGAUUUAGCUUUUUAAUGUAUGUAUAUAAAAGAGAUUGGAGUUUUAAGUGAAGUCAGAUCCUAAGGUUACGUUGAUAAAGAUUCCAAAUAGGCUUGUAGAUUAAUGUAGGUAUUUUAUAAUUUAAUACAAUAAAUUAUAGACAAAA